ACUCUCUGCUUAUCACUUAGUGUGUAGCCAUGACUGCUGAGGUUACUGCUCAAGAAGAGACCCAAGAAUGUUGCUGCUGCAAAAGAAGAAGAAGAAGAGAAGGUUCUUGAAGUGGAAGAAUCCAAGGCAGAAACAAUGGGGAAGAGCUCAUCCUACAGGGAAGAGAGCAACUUCCUCUCUGAUCUCAAAGAGUUUGAGAGAAAAGCCUUGAAUGAGCUCAAGGCUAAGCUUGAGGAAGCUAUCUUGGGACACAACCUCUUUGAUGAAAAGACAGAAGAGUCAAAGAAGAUGAAUGAAGCUACUGAAGAGGAUAAUAAGAAGGAAGAAGAAGUUAAAAAGCAAGGUGCUGAUGAGGAAGGUGAGGAACCAUUGAAGGAACAAGAGGAGAAGAAAAGUGAAGAAGAGGAGAAAAGUGUUGAAGUGGAGAAGGAUGUGUCUCUUUGGGGGGUACCCGUUUUGCCAAGCAAAGGAGAGGAAGGGACUGAUGUAGUUCUUCUCAAGUUCCUGAGGGCUAGGGAGUUCAAGGUCAGUGAUGCAUUUGAGAUGCUGAAGAAGACCCUGAAAUGGAGGAAAGAAUCCAGCAUUGAUUCUGUUGUGGAUGAGGAUUUUGGACCUGGGUUGGGUUCUGCAGCAUGCAUGAGUGGUGUUGAUCGUGAAGGGCACCCAGUGUGCUACAACAUCUAUGGUGUGUUUGAUAAUGAGGAGCUUUACCAGAAGAGCUUUGGAUCGGAGGAGAAGCGCAUCGAGUUCUUGAGGUGGAGGUGCCAGAUGAUGGAGAAGGGUAUUCAGAAGCUCAAUUUCAAGCCAGGUGGUGUCACUUCCUUGCUUCAAGUCAAUGACCUUAAGAACUCCCCUGGACCCUCCAAGAAAGAGCUCAGAAUUGCAGUAAAGCAAGUUGUUUCACUUUUGCAGGAUAAUUACCCUGAAUUGGUGGCCAAACAUAUUUUCAUCAAUGUUCCUUUUUGGUACUAUGCUGUAAGUGCACUUUUAUCUCCUUUCUUGACCCAAAGAACAAAGAGAAAAUUUGUGGUUGCUCGCCCUGCUAAGGUCACUGAAACACUUAUCAAAUACAUUCCAAUUGAGGAGAUCCCAGUUCAAUAUGGUGGUUUCAAGAGGGAAGAUGACACAGAGUUCUGUUCAGAAGAUGGUGCUGUUUCAGAACUCACUCUCAAGGCUGCAUCAACUGCAACUAUUGAGAUUCCUACAUUGGAGGUUGGGAACACAUUGUGUUGGGAUGUGACAGUGCUGGGUUGGGAAGUGAGUUACAAGGAAGAAUUUGUUCCUUCAGAUGAGGGUUCAUACACAAUCAUUGUUCAGAAAGGGAAGAAAAUGGGUUCACAAGAAGGGCCUGUUAGGAACACUUUUAGGAACAAUGAAGCAGGGAAAGUUGUGCUCACCAUAGACAACACAUCAAACAAGAAGAAGAGGGUUUGGUACCGAUACAAGACUAUCAACAACACUUUUUGAGGAUUCAUACAUUCACUUCAGAUGUUCCUAAGUUCCUUUUUUAUGUGUGUGUGUGGACAGAAACAACAGGGCUUUAUUCUUUUAUCAUUAUUCAUUAGUGUUGGCUAAUAAGAGAAUCAGAAUCAUUAUUCAUUCUUUUUUAGAGUCAAA